CUAUAUUAAGUGACAGAAUUAAUGUUUAGAUGUAACAACCCUUUGGCAGGGUAAAUAAAAGUAAAACUUUGAAAAUUGCAACCCCACACAUGUGUAUAGGUCCCUUGUCUAUUUUAUGUGGUGGUAGUACUUGAGAGUUUUUUUCAUGGUGUGGUAGCAAAAUAUUAAAAACCAUACUAUAUUUAUAUUAUCUCUCUCACUAGUCAGGACCAUUUAGAAGGUUGUGUUGUUUAUAGUUUGAAAACAAAACUUUGUAGCCUCUUUCUUCUUAGCAUAGUUUCUUCUGUUUUGUAUUGACAUGAAAGAUUAUUAUUCAGUUUCAAACACAAAAAAACAUAUGAAAGAGUCUUUUUUUUCAUCUCAAUUCACAACAAGACAACAACAAUGCAAACAACCAAAUCAUGUUGUCUCAGAACAAACAAGUUUACUAAAUCAUUCUCUUAAAUUGUCUUCUUCUUCUUCAACUUCCCAAAAUACUCUAUCACCUAUUCUACAUGUUUUUGUUACUUUGUUUCUGGUUUUUACCUCAAUUAGUCCUAUUUUGUCACACCCCAUUGUCUCAUCAAAUUCAUCUUCAUCAGAACUAAACUCUCAUAACAAUUUUAACCAAACUUUUCGACCGGAUGUUUCAUUGCAUAAGUUGAGAAGAAUUAGAGCUCAUUUGAAGAAGAUCAACAAGCCUCCCAUCAAGACAAUUAAGAGUCCAGAUGGAGAUUUAAUAGAUUGUAUUAUAUCUCAUCAACAACCAGCUUUUGACCAUCCAAAACUCAAAGGACAAAAACCAUUGGAUCCACCAGAAAGGCCAAAAGGAUACAACGGCGACAACAAUCGAGAAAAUGCAACAAAUAAUUUUCAACUUUGGGUUGAUUCUGGUGAAGAAUGUCCUAAAGGUACUAUUCCAAUCAGAAGAACAACAGAACAAGAUUUUCUAAGAGCAAAUUCUGUUAGAAGAUUUGGAAGAAAACCAAGAGGUGUACGGAGAGACUCAACAGGCACAGGUCAUGAGCAUGCAGUUAUGUUUGUAAAUGGAGAACAAUAUUAUGGAGCAAAAGCAAGUAUAAAUGUGUGGACACCAAGAGUAACAGAUCAAUAUGAAUUCAGCUUAUCACAAAUUUGGGUUAUUGCUGGAUCAUUUGGUAAUGAUCUUAAUACAAUAGAAGCUGGAUGGCAGGUAAGUCCUGAGCUAUAUGGUGAUAAUUAUCCUAGAUUCUUCACUUAUUGGACUACGGAUGCAUAUCAAGCAACUGGAUGCUACAAUUUACUAUGUUCAGGAUUUAUCCAAACAAACAACAGAAUAGCAAUAGGGGCUGCAAUCUCCCCAAGAUCAAUCUAUAGUGGAAGACAGUUUGAUAUUGGCUUAAUGGUUUGGAAAGACCCAAAACAUGGACAUUGGUGGCUUGAAUUUGGGUCAGGGCUACUAGUUGGAUAUUGGCCAGCAAACUUGUUUAGUCAUUUAAGAAGUCAUGCAAGUAUGGUUCAAUUUGGAGGAGAAAUUGUGAAUUCACGUUCAAGGGGCUACCACACUGGCACUCAAAUGGGAAGUGGACAUUUUUCAGAAGAAGGUUUUAGAAAAGCAGCUUAUUUUAGAAACUUACAAGUAGUUGAUUGGGACAAUAACUUACUUCCUUUAUCAAAUAUUCACCAAUUGGCUGAUCAUUCAAAUUGCUAUGAUAUAAAAGAAGGAAGAAAUAAUGUUUGGGGAACUUAUUUUUAUUAUGGAGGGCCUGGAAGAAAUGUUAGAUGUCCAUGAAUCAAUCAACAAAUUAUUAUUGGUACUAAAUUACUACAUUCUUCUCUUCUAAGUUAUUAUAAAUAUAGUGUAUUCUUUUUUUUUUACUUUUUUCUUUCUUUCUUUUUGGAGAUUUUGCUUUUACAACAAAGGUUCAUGUAUUUGUUAAUUUUGCCAUAAUUUUUGGUUUUUUGCUAACAAGUUAGAGUAUUAGGAAUGAUGUGUAUCUAAGAAAAACAUGUUUUAUGAA